CUUGUCAACAUACUUUUACGGUUUUACCAAUCGGCGUUUCCGACCGGGUCUCUCGCCGUCCACCGACGUCAGCGGCCGGCACCGUAUUUCUAUUCUCCUCGCACUUUCUGGUUUUCAUAGCUCAAACUCCUUUCGUACGCCAAGAUCUGGAUAGCUGCGGAAGGGUUGGGGAUCAAAACUGAAAAGAAGCAUAUGUUGAUGAUCAGACUGGAUUCGCUGCUUUAUGUACUGACUGCUUUGAGUUGAAUUGAUUGAGAUUUGGAAUAUCUUUGACUUGAGUUUGAAGAUCUUGCAUAAUUCAGUGGUUUCUUUGAGCUGAUUUGUGUUUCCUGUCUAAGAGAGAUUGGUCAUAUGUGGUUGCUUCAGAAGCAGGAUUAAACUCAUCCCAAAUGAGCUGCGCAUAGUUAUCUUCUGGGGCAUUCGAUUGAAUCUUUGGAUUUUUCUAUAAUGGGGUCGAACUUAGAGGAAGCACUUGAAGCUAGGGCGGAGGCUGAGAAAAGAUUUGCCGACAAGGACUUUGAGGGAGCAAAGAAUUAUGCCCUCAAAGCACAAACUAUCUUUCCCGGGUUGGAAGGAAUAUCCGAAAUGGUUUUAACCUUUGGAGUACAUUCUGCUUCUGUGAUGAAAACUAAUGGAGAAAUUGACUUGUAUGCAAUCUUAGGACUGGAUCCUUCCGCAGAGAGAGCUAAAAUUAAAAAACAGUACAAAAGGAUAGCUGGUUUAAUCCAUCCUGAUAAAAACAAAAGCAUUGGAGCAGACGGUGCAUUCAAACUCAUUUCUCAAGCAUGGGCAGUACUCUCCGACAGAGCUAAAAGAAGCUCUUAUGAUCAUAGGAGAAAUUCUUCAUCCUCUCCCCGCAGCGGGCUGGAUACCUUCUGGACUGUGUGUACCUCUUGUCACGUGCAGUAUGAAUAUCUUAGAAAAUAUGUGAACAAGAGACUUUCUUGCAAGAACUGUCGUGGUGUUUUCAAUGCUGUUGAGACGGGGCUGGCCCCAGUGAAUGGGUCAUACCAAUAUUCCUCUUGGUCCUAUAUGCCCAAGAAUGGGUAUGGAAGCCAUGGACAUGGGGCCACAGGUGAUGGUGUCUCAAUGCAGCAUUUCAAACAUGGUUCAGAGUUUACCACAAAUAUUUCUUUCCAACAGGUUACCCGAAGUACAAACAGAAAGGAGACUAACGGGAAACAGAAUAUGGAAAAAACUUCCAAUGGGUUAACCUUUUGCAGUGAAAAGCAGCCUGCAAAAAAACGAGGAAGGCCCCCUAAGAGGAUGAAAGUUGAGCUUGAAAGUAGUUAUGGAAAUAAUAAUUGUGAAGCACCUCCUUGUGGGAAUGCUGAAGAAGUGAAACAAAAUUAUAAACUUCAAGCUGCAAAUGACCCCUCAGUUAAGCGGUGUUUGCCGGUGCCUUAUUUUGAUUCUAGGAAGUUAUUGAUUGACAAGGCAAGAAGUGUAAUACGUAGUAAGCUUGAAGAAAUGAACUUGGCUUCAGCAGCUGCAGAGUUGGAUAAUAAGAAGACAAAAGAACUUUCUGGAAUCCAUAGAAGUGUGGAUCUGGGAACUGCAGAGAAUCAUCCAUCUGAACCGGAAAAAGGUGAAGCCCUGGCAAUUACAGUACCGGAUUCUGACUUCCAUGAUUUUGACAAAGAUAGAGCAGAGGAAUGCUUUAAGCCAAAACAAAUAUGGGCUUUAUAUGACGAGGAAGAUGGGAUGCCCCGCUUGUACUGCCUGGUCCGCGAAGUUAUCGCCGUGAAACCGUUUAAGAUCUAUGUCAGCUACCUGGGCUCCAGAUCAGAUAGUGAAUUUGGGACAGUGAAUUGGUUGUGUUCUGGCUUCACAAAAUCCUGUGGGCAUUUCAGGGCUUAUAACUCUGAAAUAGUUGACCAUGUCAACAUCUUCUCUCAUCGUCUGGGUAGGGAACGUGCCCGUAGGGGUGGCUGUGUAAGAAUCUUCCCCAGAAGUGGGGAUAUUUGGGCUCUAUAUAAGAACUGGUCAUCAGAUUGGGACAGAUCAACCCCAGAUAAAGUGAGGCACCAGUAUGAGAUGGUGGAGAUUCUUGAUGAUUAUUCUGAGGAACUUGGGGUGCAUGUGGGCCUACUGAUCAAGUUGGAUGGGUUCAAGACAGUUUAUGGAAGGAGCACAGAGAAGGGAGGCGUUCGAUGGAUUCCUAGAACAGAGAUGUUGCGGUUUUCGCAUAUGGUUCCUUCUUGUUUACUGAAAAAAGGUGUUGAUAACCUGCCAGCUGAUGGGUGCUGCUGGGAUCUCGACCCUGCUGCAACCCCAGAUGAGCUUCUCCAGGGAACGGUAGAGGACAAAAGAGGAGGUCAACCAGAAAGCCCUUCUAGACACAACAAUAUAGAGCAAGGCAAGAUUGGGGGGCAACCGGAAAGCUCGGCUCUUUCGGGCUUGUCUCAUGAAUCUAUUAGUGAAGUGCAUCAGGUUCAAGCUCAGAACCACCUCUUUGAACCUCCCGGUUUCACACAGAAGCUUACUGAACCUCCUGGUUUCACGCAGAACCUUACCGAACCUUCCAGUUUCACCCAGAGCCUUGCUGAACCUCCUGGUUUUGCGCAGAACCUUGCUGAACCUCCUGGUUUCACGCACACCCUUACUGAGCCUCCCAAUUUCAUGCAAGCUGUGACUGAACCUUCCGGAUUCAUGCAAACCCUUGCUGAACCUCCAGGUUUUGGGAAGCCCCUUAGUGAACCUCCAGGUUUCGAGCAACCCCUUAUUGAACCUCCUGGUUUCAGGCAACCCAGUUUGGAACCUUCCGGUUUCGGGCAACCCCUCAUUGAACCUCCCAGUUCUGGGCAGCCCCUUAUGGAAGCUCCCGGUUUCGGGCUACCCUUUAUGAAACCUCCCGGUUUUGAACAAACGCCCCCUCCCGGUUUCGGUCAAACCCAUAUCGAACCUACCACUUUCAGGGAAACCCCCGUUGAGCCUGCCCGUUUCGAGCAAACCCCUAUUGAACAGCUCAUUUUUGGGCAAACCGCUAUUGAACCUCCUGGUUUCGGGCAAACCCUUAUUGAACCUCCCAGUUUCAUGCAAACCCUUAUGGAACCUCCCGGAUUCCGGCAAAACCUCAAUGAACCUCCCAAUUUCCCAAACGUAUGGGACAUUCGAAUCGAAAACGAGACUGCCAAACAGAACGAACUCAUAAGGUGAGUAUGGAGGAAGAACUAAGAUUCAAUGUGUACAGAUUGAACACAGGGAAUGAGGAAAUGCUGAGACACAUGUGGAUGGUCGGACUUGACAAGUCACGAAUGUUGUAGGCGACGGCUCUGUAAUCUGUUUCAAGGUAACUGUAAUAGUAAUUUCUUUAGAUUUAUGGACUAGUUUUGGCAAAUGUUGACAUGUUGUAACAUCUUUGAUUCAUUAUUAUAGAAAAUGAACUUCGUUGCUUCAGCUUUAUUAUAAAGACAUGAGCUGAGAAUGUGUCUCCAAUGGAUUGUUAAAAGACAUACAACAACCACUUUGUUUGGAGAAUAUGAGGUUUGUUAAAAAAACAUUUUUUUACGGU